GCAGAGGGGAAAGUGACCGCAGACGGUUGUGAGAAGGAUGGGGAAUACGAAGAGCAGCGCUUUGUCGAAGGGGCUCCUGGAGGAUCUGAAGUCCAACACCAAAUACUCAGAGACCGAGCUCUGCACGUGGUACCAGUCCUUCCUGAAGGAGUGUCCUGGUGGGAAGAUCAGCAAGGAGCAGUUUGAAGGCAUCUACGCCAGCUUCUUCCCGGAUGCAGACCCCACAGCGUACGCGCGGCACGUUUUCAGGAGUUUUGACACCAACGCCGAUGGAACUUUGGACUUUAAGGAGUACAUCGUGGCCCUGCACCUCACCUCCGGGGGAAAGACACUGCAGAAGCUGGAGUGGGCCUUUGCUCUGUACGACGUGGACGGGAACGGAACCAUCAGCAAAAAUGAAAUCGUAGAGAUUGUUAGGUCGAUAUUCAACAUGAUCCCAGCCGACGAUCAGAAGAACCUCCCCGAGGACGAAAACACGCCGGAGAAGAGGUCGGAAAAAAUCUGGGCAUUCUUUGGGAAGAAGGACAACGAUAAAAUCUCAGAGGGAGAAUUCAUUCAGGGUGUCAUGGACAACAAGGAGAUUCUGAGGUUGAUACAAUACGAUGAACCUCAAAAAAUUAAAGACAAGCUGAAAGCAAAGAAGCACUAGUGUACUGAGAAACAUAAAUAUAUAUAUAUACUGUAUACAUAUACAUAUAUAUAUAACUUUGCUGUGGUUUAAAGACUGUUCUAUUUCUUUAUGACAUGGUUAUUUGUACGACUGACUCGUGUUUUGUUAUGUUUUUGUUUGAAGUCAUUUUUUUGAUUUUGACAUCAGAAAAACACAAGCGCAGAACCGCGCUGAAAGAAGCUGUGGAAUUAUCCCGUGUCAUAAAGUUUCAGCGUGUUUGUCGUCAUUCCAAAUGCCUUACCGGGACAAAAUGCCGAAAAAUGUUCAAUAAAAAAAUAAAACAACUCAACUGUAA